AUGCCUCGCUACGCCGCAAUCCCUGGGGACGUCGGUGCACAUUCACAACAAACAUUAUCGCUCGACGGUCGAUCGAUGGGCAAGUCUUGGAAUUUGCCGGCACUACGUUUCCGGGGUCGAAAUGCAGACCAAAGGCCCAAUCGGGAAAACUCACAGCAAAAGAGUUAUGGACCGUCGAUGUGGAAUUCGUUAUGGCUUUCGACUACUGUCUUGAGUGCGGUUACUGGCCUUUAUGCGCUCUUGAUUGUUGUACUGCUGUUUAUCUGGAACUACAUCAAUCGAAAUGCGGGUAUCCCCCUCAUCACAAGCGAUCACUAUUCAUGGACUUACGGGCCGACUGCAUUGCUGGUCAUUGUGGUCGCAGUUUGGCGACAAGUUGACUAUCAUUGCAAAGCGAUUGCCCCGUGGGCUACCCUUAGUCAAGAGCCAUUAAAAGGCUCGUCGAACAUUCUUCUGGAUUACGUCUCACCAAUUCAAGUCUUCAGCUUGUACAAGUCCGUUUCCGGCAAGCAUCAUACCGUCACGGCUGGCAUCUUAGGAUUCAUAUUGUUGAAGCUUAUAGUCGUUCUCUCAACUGGCUUGUUCGUGGCGGCCCCCAAGCUCAUUCUGCAAGCCGAUGUGGAUCUGGUGCAAUACACCACUUUCAAUGGAUCACUAUUUAAUUCAUCUGCAAUUUCUCCAACACUCAACGAUUCUUCUUUGGUUUAUACAGCCUUCGGUAUCCUGUCGAGAGGUCUGGCUUAUACCGACGGAACCUACCAAGGUCUUGUAUAUGAGAGAUUUGGACCUCCUGCAAACUCUCUACGGGGAAUUGAAACAAUCACAGCGACAGUGGAUGCUCUAAUCCCAUCGUUUGAGUGCCAGUCUGCUCCCUUUUCUAUCAAGCUGCAGCCAGCAAAUUCCACAGACCCGCACCCAGCCGACAGCAUACAAUUACAAUUUGAAGAAUGUCAACUCCUAGGUGAUGGUACUCCGGUAUAUGUUCUUAACCCUCGACUCUUCAGCUGUCCCUCUCGUCAGCUGAGCCCUUUAGUGCAAAGGAUGGAUUGCUUCAACGAAUCUGAUUCAAGAACAGCAGAUAAUUGGCAGCUUCUCACCCUGGCUGACCUCCGGUACAAUCAGACUCUGCAAAACUCCUCAUCCCCAGUCACGUUGGGAGACAGUAUUACCGCUACUUCUUGGUCCACCUCGGUAAACGCUGUCGUCGGUAUAGCAUGUCGAUCCGUAUAUGCAAUGGAGAGAGUCAACGUCACCUAUGACUACUCGCAGACCCCAGCAAACAUCACGGUUACUCGUCUUGAGCCCGGCGUGAAUCGCACAAUGGCUGGGUUUUCAAACUUUGAUCUUGGGAAAUUGUUUACCGCAUCUCUAUCAGCAGCAGCUUCGAUGUUUGGAAAUUUGAACUUCGAUUCUUAUGCUGAAGAGUAUCCAAAUACAAUGUUCAAGGUAAUGGCUGCCGCUGUGGGUGGUGGAUACGAGACGCUUCUUGACGAGAACAACAUGACAAAAGCGGCAGAAAUUGUCUUUCAAGCCGUUGCUGUUCAAAUCUUAAGCAAGUACCUCACUCAGGAGGUCGACAGCCCUCUCCAGGGGCAAGCCGCUCACCAGGAGGAAAGGCUCCAAUUGAACGAUCUUUCCCUCUGGUUAAUGGUCUCAGGUCUCGUUAUUAUGAUGUCCCUUGCUGGUUUCGUUCUCUGGAAGCGGCCCAAAGACAUCGUGGCCCGAGAUCCAGACCAACUCCUUUUCACUGCAUUGCUUCUGCAACCGAGUCGUAGAGCUCGAAAGAUCCUGAGUCGUUGCUGCACGCUGUCCGAAACCAGCAUGCUAGCACAGCUGGACAAUCACAAAUUUGCUAUCAGCACAGACGUUGAGGAACAGAAGUCAUUCUUGCUCGCCUCUGAUCCGUUAACUGAUAUUACUACGCCUGACCAAAACUCGCAGCCAAAGUGGUGGAAACCUCUUGGUGCCCGGUGGUUCUUCGUCUUAACCACUCUUCUACUACCACUCGCAGUCAUCGGGACCCUUGAAGCUCUUCAGGUGUCAUCAGACAGCCAUAACGGUAUCGCUACUGUUUCUGCUCAGGACUCUCUGUCAUCCAAAACAUUGACCCGAUAUCUUCCAGCUUUAGUGAUGCUACUUUCCGCAACACUCUUCAACUCUGUCGAUUUCAACAUAGCUGUUCUUGCGCCUUACAAUGCUUUAAAAUCUGGAGCUCGGACUCCUCAGGCAAGUAUCAUGUCCAACGUCAUCGGGCUAGUUGCCCCCUACGCAAUUUGGCAGUCGCUUAGACGCCGGUACUGGGGUGCAGCACUUUCAGGAACUGCAGCAAUCUUCGGUAGCGUCUUGACUAUUAUCAGCUCUGGACUCUACACCGUUGAUUUUGUACCAACAACGUCGCCGAUGCAAGUCCAGAGGACUGAUUCCUUUCAAACAACAUGGCAGAACAGUGCUCUUAACGACAGUGGAGCUGCCGUGUUGACAAGCUUGACGGAAAGCUCCAAUCUGACGUUUCCACAGUUCACCUUCGAUGAGCUUGCUCUACCUGGACUUCAGGCAGCGGGUGAUCCGCCAACGUUUUCCAAACAGGGUCAAGCAACUUUAAGCCUUAGAACCAGUGCUCUACGCGCGUCUUUGAACUGCACUACUCUGUCCACUGCACAGUUCAACGUCUCGACGUUCUACAAUCCAACUUCGGGACCCAGCGCAAGUGUCAGUGCAACGUUUACCCUUCCAGAAGAGUGUCCGUAUGGUGGAUUUGGGGGCAACAUGACCAUCAUGGAGAUCAACAAAGACUGGCAACUACCAUUCGUACAGAAUUCGAGCUAUGUGGCCAGUAUGCUUGACGUUCACGUUGGGCCAUUCGAUCCUGUUCUUGCUUCAAGCUCGGGGGAGCUAGCACCAGCGGCCCAGCAAGACAACCCACCUGGAUGUCCAUCGCUUGCUUUCAUUUAUGGCUACGUUGACGUGAACGACGACUCUCGAAACACAAUCACCACCCGUGUAUGCUACCAGCAGAUGCAACAAGUGCCAGUACAUCUAUGGCUGAGCGUCCCAGACCUCGAUAUUUCCCCGGGCCAUCCCCCAACUCUUGACGAGAGCGACCCCGUCCUUCUCAAGAGCGGACAGAACGGAGAAACCGGCUUUCCCUACCGCCUCGAGGUUCAUAUGGAUAACGAGCUAUCGCUUUACAACCAGACGCAAUUCGCACCGUCUAGUAUUUCUCAGUCGACAAUCGACGCGUUCUUUCAAGGCGUGCUAUUCGGGAGAGCACCCAUCCCAGAAGCCUGGCUCGCAGACUCGGCGCGCUCCGACGAAGUGGUCUCGGCCAUUCAGGCCUUCUACCGCCGGUACAUGGCUCAAGCUAUAUCUAGCAACAUGCGCGUGCCCACCGCCGCUGCGGACGCGCCGCUUCUCACAGGCAACGUUACUACGCCAAUGGGUACUCUCCGCGUUCAUCAGAACAAGCCGUCCAAACUGGCCCUGCAGAUCAUACUGGGUGUCAUGACUCUCUGUGGCGCGCUGGCCAUCUGGCUCGCGCCGCCCAGGGAUGUGGUGCCGCAUAAUCCAUGCUCCAUCGCCGGCAGCAUGGUUGUUUGGGCCGGAAGUCGGUUCUGUGAAUCUCCGAAGCUCGAAACGUUCCCGGACCAAGACAGACCCGUCCUACCGGAUGGCGCUGUGCAUAUGAGCAACAAGAAACUGAUGGGCAGCGGAGCAUUGGAUAGUUGGAUGUUCAAGUUGGGUUGGUGGGACCGUAAUGAUGGGACGCGAAGAUAUGGAAUCGAUGCUGUGAUGAAAGAGUCUCGUUGGACUGAUGAUUAUUGA